CGGCGACGCUUACAGAUACAGUUGCUGUUCAAUCGUAACUAACACGUCUAAACCUCUUCAAAAUUUCCUCUUUGGAACAUUCUUCAAUGACUCUUCUCCUUCCACUCACUGCACUUUGAUAAAAGAAAUCGUUUUUUUUUUUCCAUCUGGGUUCUUCUUCUUUUGGAUCAUUCUGUUUUGGAACUGAAGAUGGUGAAGAUGGGUACCAAAAAGUUGAGUUUUUUGCUGUGUGUUUGGGUUUUGGUAUUUGGGUUUUGUUAUGGUAGGUUUGUGGUGGAGAAGAACAGCUUGAAGGUGACUUAUCCGAAAUCGUUGAAGGGUAGUUAUGAGUGUGCAAUUGGGAAUUUUGGAGUUCCAAAAUAUGGAGGAGUAAUGGUUGGUUCUGUGGUGUACCCAAAGGCGAAUCAGAAGGGUUGCAAGAGCUUCAGUGAUGUUGAUAUUUCGUUUCAAACCAAGCCUGGAAGCUACCCCACCUUUGUUCUUGUUGAUCGUGGUGAUUGCUUCUUCACUUUGAAGGCAUGGAAUGCGCAGAAUGCUGGAGCCGCAGCUAUUCUUGUAGCUGAUGACAGGUCGGAAACAUUGAUCACAAUGGACACACCUGAAGAAAUGAAUGCUGGAAAAGGCGAUUAUGUCGAGAAGAUUACUAUUCCGUCUGCCCUCAUCAGCAGAUCACUUGCAGAUAAAAUCAAGGACGCUCUCUCAAAUGGUGAGAUGGUUAACAUUAAUCUUGAUUGGACUGAGGCUCUUCCACAUCCUGACGAGAGAGUCGAGUAUGAGUUGUGGACAAAUAGUAAUGACGAGUGUGGGCCGAAAUGUGACAAUCUAAUCGAGUUUCUGAAGGACUUUAAAGGUGCAGCACAGCUACUUGAGAGGAAAGGGUUUACUCAGUUCACCCCUCGCUAUAUAACUUGGUAUUGUCCCGAAGCAUUUCUUUUAACCAAGCAGUGCAAGUCACAGUGCAUAAACCAUGGAAGGUACUGUGCUCCGGAUCCCGAGCAAGAUUUCAGUAAAGGGUAUGAUGGCAAAGAUGUUGUUAUUCAAAAUUUACGACAGGCUUGCUUCUAUAAAGUGGCAAAUGCAAGUGGAAACCCUUGGCAAUGGUGGGACUAUGUGACUGACUUUGCAAUCCGUUGCCCGAUGAAAGACAAGAAGUUCACUGAAGAGUGUUCAGAUCAAGUUAUAACAUCUCUUGGUGCUAAUCUGAAGAAGAUUAAGGAGUGUGUUGGUGAUCCUCAUGCUGAUGUUGAAAACCCUGUUCUCAAGGCUGAACAGGAUGCACAGAUCGGAAAAGGCUCUCGUGGUGAUGUCACUAUACUGCCUACUCUUGUUAUAAAUGACAGACAGUAUCGAGGUAAGCUGUCAAGAGCAGCAGUUCUCAAGGCAAUCUGUGCUGGUUUCCAAGAGACUACUGAACCGUCAAUAUGCUUAACUCAAGACAUGGAAACAAAUGAAUGUUUGGAAAAUAAUGGUGGUUGCUGGCAAGACAAAUCUGCUAACAUUACUGCAUGCCGGGACACUUUCCGAGGAAGAGUAUGUGAAUGCCCUAUUGUACAAAAUGUGAAAUUUGUUGGUGAUGGAUAUACACACUGUGAAGCUUCAGGAGCCUUGAGGUGCGCAAUCAACAAUGGAGGUUGCUGGAAGGGAACCCAAGAGGGCAAGGUUUACUCAGCUUGCAUUGAUGACCACACGAAAGGUUGCAAGUGUCCACCUGGGUUCAAAGGCGACGGUAUCAACAAAUGUGAAGAUAUUGAUGAGUGUGAAGAAAAAUUGAAGUGCCAAUGCCCACAAUGCAAAUGCAAGAACACUUGGGGAAGUUAUGAGUGUAAAUGUGGUAGCGGUUUGUUCUACUCACAAGAGAAUGAUGUUUGCAUGGGUAAGUACACUGCUUCAAUGUCUGGUGGGAACUUUCUCGGAAUGAUCAUCCUCGUUGCGGCUGUUGCUGGUGUUGCUGGAUAUGCAUUUUACAAGAUUAGAAUCCAGAGAUAUAUGGAUUCUGAGAUAAGGCAAAUCAUGGCUCAAUACAUGCCCUUGGACAAUCAACCUGAGGUCCCCAGUCAACUCCAUCAUGAUAUCUAGAACAUCUUGGUGUCCUCCAUUUAUGGAGUUGAUUAAAAUGAAUCGUUGGAAAACACUAGAGCUGUUUACUAAGGAAGAUGAUUAAGCUCAUGCUAUAUUUGAGGCUCUUAGUAGCAUGCUCAGGAGUUUAGUAUGAUCAUCCUUUCGGUCAUUUUCCCCUUGUAUUUAAAACCUCUCUCUCUCACUCUUUCUCUAAGUGGAUGGUGUCCGCUUUUUGUUAUGAGUAUUGUAAAUUUUGAAUACUAAAUGGUUGACAUUAUGCAUUCUUCUCUUUCUAGUGUAGUUAGUAUCUUAA